AUGGCCGAGAUCCGCCGCAAGCUUGUCAUCGUGGGCGAUGGUGCCUGUGGUAAGACUUGUCUUCUGAUUGUCUUCUCCAAGGGCACAUUCCCUGAGGUCUACGUCCCCACUGUUUUCGAGAACUAUGUCGCCGAUGUCGAGGUUGAUGGCAAGCACGUUGAACUCGCUCUUUGGGAUACUGCUGGCCAGGAAGAUUAUGAUCGUCUCCGCCCUCUCUCGUACCCCGACUCUCACGUCAUCUUGAUUUGCUUCGCUAUCGACUCCCCCGAUUCUCUUGACAACGUCCAGGAGAAGUGGAUUUCCGAAGUCCUGCACUUCUGCCAGGGCCUUCCCAUCAUCCUUGUUGGUUGCAAGAAGGAUCUUCGCCAUGACCCCAAGACUAUUGAGGAGUUGACCAAGACUUCCCAAAAGCCUGUCACCCCCGAGCAGGGUGAGGAAGUUCGCAAGAAGAUCGGAGCUUACAAGUACCUCGAGUGCUCUGCACGGACCAAUGAAGGUGUUCGCGAGGUCUUUGAAGCCGCCACCCGGGCUGCCCUCUUGACCAAGACUCACAAGAAGAAGGGCAAGUGCACCAUCCUGUAA